CUUAGAUGUAAACAAACACACACUGGUUAGUCUGUGUGAUGGAAGAAAUAUUAAGUUAUUAUUGAAGAGUAAAGUCAUUAUUACAGGAGAGUGAUAGAGAGUGCAGUCAACACAAGGCUAAAGAUGCUGAACCCUGAAGUAGUGAAGUUCCCGGCACCAGAGAACUUUGUGUCCUACAGUCAACACUCCUGGCACGACUCUCACAACGAUCACUCGUGGCAACGGGUCAUUGAUCAUCAUCCGUUCAAUACUAAAGUGUCACUACUUCUCCCAGACACUCCCAGUUUACCAGAGUUCCUGCAUGACUCUCUGACCACCAACACAGAGUUCUACCUCAUCAAGAACCUACCAGUGUUGGAGUUCUGUUCUCCUGUUUUCCUUCAAGCAUUUCUUAAGACAGGUCAGUUAUAUGCAGUCAGUUGUAAAAGUCUGUUAGAUGUGGAUAACACCGCAGCCUUAACACCGGAUGGACAGCUUCAUCUUAUACUCAACAAGUUCACCUACCAAGAACUGUCUCUCAGUGGUACUCUGUCUGCCCACAUUCUCCGCAAACCCUUAGAAAGAUUUGUUGUUAAAGUGAAUAUGAAGGAGCCGAGUUUCAAGCCCGGACGUCCACACUACACCACGGUCACAUCAGCCUUCACUCAAGUUCACCUCACAUUCACCUUUUGGUUGACAUGGAUUCCAGAUGACACAGGCGUUUGUCCUUCAUCUAUAGCCAAGUAUUUCCACGACCUUGGCUACAGCGUUGAGGAACGGAAGUCGUCCCUGAGCCAGAGCAUCGUGACGGAGGUUGACAUGCCCGUACUUGGCAAAGAUGGAGAAGACACGGACCCUGAAGAUGUUUUCGAAUGGAUUGGAUGUCAGACGCUAGGAGUACACCUGAAGACUGAAGGUACAACAGUGUGCGAGGUGGUCACUCCAAAGCCAAGUACUCUCGUUAAUAAUGUGUGUAGCUUACAGUGUACCGGUUUCUUCACCCCGAGGCAACUAAGCUCCUUACUCUCUCAACUCAGACUGUGGCUGAAGCAGAGAAGUGAGUCAGCCGUACCCUGGUUGAGUAUGACUGUUUAUGGACAUCCAGAUUCUCCUAUCAACUGGGGCACCUCGGAACACGUCUAUCACACAAACGGAGACAAUCUCUACACUCUGGUUAUUUUGAGAGACCAGCUACGAUUAUAUAAAGUCUCGUGUUCAAGAAAACCACAGAGAAUGUAUGUGAAAUCUAAUAAAAAUAAAUGAAGCUCAA